GAGAGGGACUCUGGUAAGAAAUAAUAGAAGAAAGUAGAGAAACAACAGUCCGUGGAACACUGGAACUGGUGUUAUUCAGUCGGGGAGCUUUGUAACUUAAGUCUGGGUGAAAAUGGCGGACUGGAGCCCGAUAGCGAAGGUUUACGACCCGCUGAAAGCCGGCAGCAUCGACGGCACCGACCUGGAGCCGCAUGACCGCGCUGUGUGGAGGGCUAUGGGGGCCCGAUACAAGCCCAAUAAAGGGGUUGUCGGAGACCCUUUGCUAACCCUAUUUGUGGCCCGCUUAAACCCCCAAACAACCGAGGAGAAGCUGCACCAGGUGUUCUCCAAGUAUGGAGACAUCCAGCGGCUCCGGCUGGUCCGGGACAUCGUGACGGGCUUCUCUAAAGGGUACGCCGUUAUUGAGUACAAGGAGGAGCGGUCUGUGGUCCGGGCCCGCCGGGACGCCAACAAGCUGGUGGUGGAGCAGCAUGAAGUGUUUGUGGAUUUUGAGCUGGAGAGGACCCUCAAAGGAUGGGUGCCCAGGCGGCUUGGUGGCGGUCUGGGAGGGAAGAAAGAGUCCGGACAGCUGCGGUUCGGUGGCAGGGACAGACCCUUCAGAAAGCCCAUUAACCUCGGGGGGGUCGGCCCGGAGCAGGAUCGAGCCGGUGGUGAUGGUGGAGGAGGAGGGGGGAGAGGAGGGAGAGGAUGGGACAGGUCGGGAGGGAGAGACAGGGACAACCGAGACCGAGAGGCGGAGUGGGGGAGUAGAAGCAGGAAGGAUGACCGGGACAGAGGCAGAGAGAGGGAGGACCGCAGUUACAGAGACAGGAGCAGGCACCGGGACAGGAGGUGAAGCCCAUAUAUCAACCUCUUCUCACCCGGAUCAAUGAAGUCUGUGACAGAUUAUACCGAUAGCGGUCUGAUACUGACUCAAACAGCUGGAUCGGGUAUCGGUGACAAUGGGCCGAUCUGCUAUCGCAUUAUUUUAAUUUUGUUUUACAAACUCAGUAAGACAGUGUUUAAGUCGAGCCUGAUGUUGCCUUACACAAAAUAAUGACCACAGUCUCUUCCACGCAGACUC